AGAGCAUAAAAACAAACGUUAGCCAGGGUGGAUAGCUUCCAAUCUAUCGGGUCAAGACAAUACAAACCACUCCCUUCGAGUUCUUAGUCUCUCUCCGCCUAUCUCUAUUCUCUAUCUUCAAAUUCCAUAGAGACGAUCGUAUAAGCGCCAUAGCAAUCCUUACCAUCACCAUCGUCAUGGUGGCUGCGACAAAAACUAAGUCCUGGUUGGUCCAGAAGUAUGGCGGCACUAGCCUGGGAAAGCUGUUAGAUACGAUAUGCUGCAAAAUUAUUCCCCAGUACAGCACUGAGAACAAUCUCAUUGUUGUAUGCUCUGCCCUCUCGGGAACCCUCAAAGCUAGCGGGACGACAAGUUUGCUGCUUCAAUGCAUAACAUACGCCGAGCAGGGCUUCGAUGCUCAGAAACAGCUAGUCGACCUGGUAGACUUAAUCAAGGAUAACCAUCUGAGUGUGCUAAAGUCAUUUAUGAACUCUCCGGCACGGAUGGCUAUCCAUUCGCAGAUUUACGAAGAGACGGUUUCCGGUAUUCAGAAUGAAUGCGAGGGCCUCAAGAGGUUUCUACUCGCCGCCCAGAUUGUCGGAGAGUUAUCGGCACGAUCGAAAGAUCGCGUCAUCUCCCUUGGUGAAAAGCUCUCGUGCAUGAUUGUCGCGGCUUGUCUGACGAACAAUGGCACACCAGCGAAAGCAGUAUUUCUAGAUAGUAUCAUAUCAUCUGCUUUUGGCAACUCUAUCCAUGACCAGGUGGCUGCGUUCGAAAGGCUGGGCCCCAAGCUCUAUCAGGCAUUGGCCAGCCAAAUAGCUGGACGAAUUCGAGAAUGCGGAAGCGCAAUACCUAUCAUAACAGGCUUUUUUGGUAUAAUGCCGGACUCGUUGCUUCAGACAGUGGGGAGGGGGUACUCGGACCUCUGCGCAGCUAUGUGCGCGGUAGCAGUAGGAGCAGAAGAGUUGCAGAUUUGGAAGGAAGUCGACGGUAUAUUCACGGCAGAUCCGAGAAAGGUGCCCUCAGCACGACUCCUGUCAACAGUAACAGCCGAAGAAGCGACAGAACUGACAUACUAUGGAAGCGAGGUUAUCCACCCGUUAACAAUGGAUCAAAUCCGGGACGCUGGCAUACCGUUACGUCUUAAAAAUGUGUUCAAACCCUCGGGAAAUGGCACCAUCAUAUAUCCAUCAAUGGACAGUUCAGUCCCUAAUAGCCCAGCCAGCGCAUCGUCUUGUAGCUCAGAGAACUCUUCCCGAGUAAUUACGCCCUUAUCGAGCUUUAUGCUGGAGAACGGCUACCACGGAGCUCAGCAAGAGCGCAGGAAACCCACCGCAGUUACGGUUAAGGAUGAUAUACUCCUUAUCAAUGUCGUCUGCAACAGGAACACCAAGUCGCAGGGGUUUUUGACGCAGGUGUUCGACCGUCUCGAGAGGAAUAAGAUCCCCGUAGAUCUGGUAGCCACGAGCGAAAGGCAUGUUAGCCUUGCGGUCCAGUCCCCGGGUGAUCCCACUGCAUUAUUGAGGCUGAGGGAGGAGCUCGAACGAUUUGGUCAAGUUGCCAUCACCUCGCACAUGUCCAUCGUGACGGUAGUCGGCCACAAAAUGCGCAACAUGGUCGGCGUGUCUAACGAGAUCCUAUCAGCGUUGGCCUCGGCACAGAUUGGCAUCUACCUGAUAAGCCAAGGCGCGAGCAAGGUCAACAUAUCCCUCGUCGUGGACGCGGACAACGCCCUCGCGGCGAUGAAGGCGAUACACAGCGAGGUGCUCAAGAUCCCGACGCAUAGGGAACAGGAAAACCGGUUCAUCCCAGGACCGUGGCUAUAUUAAAUCGCUCACCGGAGCAGGCGCCCGGAGUAGGACAGAGAUGGGGACUACAUAUGUCAUAUGUAGGUAUGUAUCACUACCUAACCUAGAUGAUAGACAUUACGAGGCCGGGAGUGGACAAGUUUUGGUGCGUCCCAGCUCUCGGUUGCAUAGAUCAGAAAGGGGGGGGGACCGCUUGCGAGGCGUUUGAUUAGAAACGAGGUUUGGGGAAUUGAUUGUUUGGGGGAAUCGGGGAUACGAGUGACGACCGAGAAGGAAGAAAAGGAAUACCCCUAUUUGAAUAUGUACUACCUGGUACCUAUGUAUGAGCCUUCGAGUAUAUAGCCCUUAAUUGCAUCAGGCUCUUCGCUUUUGAUCGCUUUUGACCAUAUUAUGCUUUAUUGCCUACCCCGUUUGGCUUGCAUAUAGAAUCGAACUAUAUUGAAUUAAGAAGAGAGUAUGCUAUC